AGCCAAUCAGAAGCCUCGCUCUGCGUGACCGCGUCGCUCUGCCAGCCUAUCAGGAGUCUCGCCACUCCUGGCAACUGGGUUGCGCGGUGAGUCAUCUGGCAGCGCCUGUGAAACAGACGCACUUGUUGAGUCGCGCUCGUUCAUGUAGCGGCUCUGUUUCAUUACGAGGGAAUAAAAAAAAAGAGCGUACGAGCACAUUUAGAGAAACAGAACCAAGAAAACAUGCACUGAGAACCUCCGAUUGAAGCUCCAGGAAGCCAGACGGUCAGUUAAUUGCCGAUUCAUCGCUCCUUGCUUCGCAUCCAGGAAGAGUGUUUUUGAUGUCUACACACCGACUCUCACUGUGGCCAUGUUUGCACGCUCUAAUGGGCUAUGUGGUCUUCAUACUGACUUCCCUGCCAGAAAUCAGCACAGGUCAGAACUGUUCUCACCCGAUUAUCCCCGAGCAUGGCGGCUUCUACUGCAAACCUUCUCCAUGUAGAGGCUUCCUUCCAAAGAGUCGUAUCUACUACUUUUGCGAGUCGGGAUACGUUUUGUUAAACAGCGUCCAUCACUCCAGCUGUCGCAAAGGACGAUGGGAGCCAAGUAUCCCCACCUGUGUACCUAACACGGCUGGACAUGCUAAAUAUGAAGAAAGAGUGAACAAUUCUAUCCCGAGUGUGGCUACGACUGCUGUGGGCGUUUCUAUUUUUCUUCUCACCACCACAGCUUGCAUGGUCAUCAAGUCCCGACUCUACCCUUGCCAGUCUCAAAGGCGAUCGUCUGAUCAGUUGGACUUGAUGGUGGAUGGCUUGCCUGUCUCUCUGCCCACCUAUGAGGAGGCGGUGUAUGGAAGUUGGGGUCAGCGCAUCCAGCCCAUGCGUGGACCCACACAACUACUGCUGGCCUCGUCAGAGAACAGCCCAUUAUCAUCUCUGAUCCAGUCAGGUUCCAGUAACUGCACAGACAGUUCGAAUCAAAGCUCAGAGGCACCGCCGCCUUAUGAAGAGAGGCAGCCACGCUCUGUGGAUGGAGGAAAUGAGGGUGAAGCACGGGCUUCUCACAUUGCACUUUCUGUUGAAAAGGACAACUAACUGCUGGGUGUGUGAGCUCACCUUCAGCUUAAUGAUUGUUAAUGCUCUUUGCCAUGCUUUACACCUGUUAGCGUAGUUCAACGUCAGCUUCAAAGGGUUUUAAUUACAUACGAUUAUUUUUGGCCUUUAUUUGAUUUUAAUGAACUCAUGCAACUGGUAGAUAUUUAGCCACGACUGCAGAGUGUGAUGUGCACAGUGAUAAUGAUUGUUUCAAUGUUUUCAGUGGUCCUGGAGACAUGUUUAUUGUUUCCCUCAGUGAGGGGACCAAAGUGGUCUUGUGGACUGUAAUAACACAUACGUUACCUUAGUUAAUUGUGAUUUUCUGUUGUAUGACUGCAAUUGAAUCAAUCGGACUCCAGCACAGAACUGGUGGUGUCACAUCCACAUAUUCCACAUGUACAAAUUACAGAUUAUUUAAAAGCAAAGGGCUUGUCUAGGUGCUGAGAUGCUUUUGGAUUCGGUCAUGGAUCCUUAAAUCUGUUGUCAAUUAAUUGUGACUGCUGAUGAAUGUUCUUAUUUAACAGAUCGAGUAUAGGUGUGUGUGUGUGUGUGUGUGUGUGUGUGUGUGUGUGUUUUUAUAUAUAGAUAGAUAGAUAGAUAGAUAGAUAGAUAGAUAGAUAGAUAGAUAGAUAGAUAGAUAGAUAGAGAUAUAAAUGAUGCAGUGCAUUUAGGGGACCUCACUUAAUUAUUGCUUCCUUAUUAUUUAUUGCAUUAGUUAACAUUCAGAAAGCAUGAACAUUCCAUGUGUUAUAAAAGUUAAUCAAUUACUCAUUAAACAAUAAACUUAUUAUUAAAUUUAUUAAAACCAUAUUAUUGAUUAAUAACUAUUGAUUUGUGGAGUUAAUUUGAAUUCAUUAUUGGUAUAAUUAUUUGCCUAUUUUAAAGAUCGAUUAACAUGUGUUAGUUACGUUGUCAAUGUGACAGUGUAUUAAUGCUGGAGUUCAUUGUUUGUUCACAUUAACUAAUGUCUAAAAUAAUGGCAAACCUUCCACCUAAAGCCACGCUAUCUGCUCUCUGAUACUGGUUAAAAGAAGAUGGUGUGUAUGUUUCUUUUACUAUGAACAGUAAUUUGUUAUAACAGUUACUUUUUUUUACAUUUGUAUAUAGCAUUUACAAAAAAUAUAUAUUUAAUGUACAGAUAUAAAUGGCUUAUAAAAUAACCUUUUUGAAUGGAAAAUGAUUAAAACUAAUUUUUAAAAUGACCCAUGUGCUUUAUCUUUGGAAUGUUUUUGGUUGAUUUCGGGUAAAGAUUGUUGGAUUUCACUUUUAUAGUUCCUGCUAGUUUUACAAAUAUGGUUGAGUGAUUGAUUCCAGUUUCCCAUCUUACUUUAAACCUUAAUAUAUUUAGAGCAUUUGUGAAGCUUAUUGAAAGUCUUUAUUCAGUCAUCUUUAUUCUGCGUAAGUGUAGUUGCUACUCAAAAACGAAAAUACAGCUCUGUUGAAAAGCAGGCCAUGUCUUCAAACAAUUACACUGUGAGGAAAUAUUAUAAAAUCAAAAAAUGGAGGAAGUCUAUUUUUUGGAAAAGGGACAUGGGUGUAGGAGUGGUGAGGCAACAGGGAGGAAUGGAGGUGGUGGGUGAGAAAACUUCAUCACAGGGAACAGAAGGAGAGAGAUUUUUGCUGAAAGUUGUAGAAAUUAGGUGUUGUUUCUGGCAUAGUUUUUCCUUUCAAAUGUCACCAAUUGCAUAACCCCUUUUUGUAAUGAAAGCGACCAGACAUACUGAGCCCUUAGUUUAUUUACACAUAUAGUAAUGUGUUGUCUCUCUAACGUAACAUUUCUAGGAGUUCUUUCAUUUUAACUCUUGAUUAACAAUGUAGGCCAAGUCAUUUAGAAUUAUGUUUUUAAUAUCAAAUACUAUCAUACUGGAAUAUAUGGUCACAGAUAAAGGGAAGGGAUAGUCUGUAGUACAAUAGUCAUGUACACACACACACACACACACACACACACACACACAUACACACACACACACACACAGAGUUGCUGGGUUAUAAUAUUUUAAUGCCAUUAAUGGUCUGCUUCUGCUUGCUUAUUUUAAAAGAAAAUAAACUGAAUGUCAUACAUAACCAAAACAUCAUACACUCAGUUUUAUUGUAUUUCUGUUUAAAAAAAAAAAAAAAGUUAAUUCAUGGUUACAUUUUAGGGUUAAAAUUCAAAAUGAAAAACUUUAAAACAAGACAUACAGAAUUUCAGACAGCAAAAUAAUAAGAAAACGUACAAGCAAGGCAUUGGCGUAAUUGCCCUUCAACAUAGCUUGCAAGGCCCCCCAUCCCCUCAAAACAAUAAAAAAAAACAAAAAAAAACCAUUA